UCCUUCCCUUUAACGAGCGGCUGUCUCGUCGCGCUUAAUUACUUGUCACUCCUAACAAGUCUUGCGAUAUACACGAGUCCGCGCGGCCUCGCAAAGAAGCCGCCACGAAGCCUGCCGAAAGUCUUCGCUAAAGAUUCCGAAACAACGCGCCGUAAAACCUCCCCAAAAAUUGCGGAUCGUUUAAUAUCCGCGCUUUUGUGUUUCCGUUAUUCGAGAACGUUACUCAAGUGUUGCGGCGGUUUUCGAUAUGGACGAAUUGCUGGUGAAUUCGAAGGUGGGGAACAUUCCUGUGGACUCUUCGAGGUGAUGCAGCCUAGUUCUAGGUGUUCCGAACUGUAGUGGGUGAGAACAGUUGUUCAUCUUAAAGAACCGAGUGAUUAGCUAUGUGCUGGUUUACGGGAUCGCAAAGUGGCCUGUCAUUACGACCGUAAUGAUGACGUUCGGGGGUGGUGCUCACGAUAUUGCAGAAAACCCCGCGAGGACACGAUGAGACGCGAUGGCAGUGAAAUGAUCCAUCUCGUCUUGAUCUUCUCUUUGAUUAGCGUCGCGAUCAGUGCAGAUCCCUCCGUGCGCAUUAGGGGUGAUCUUGUAAUAGGUGCGCUCUUCAGCGUCCAUCAUACACCUCGUGGGGGACAAGGCGCCCUCGUAUGUGGCCAAAUUAGAGAAGUCUAUGGAAUUCAACGUGUCGAAACGGCCCUCUUCACUCUCGACAAAAUCAACAGGGACGACAAUAUUCUGCCAGGAGUAACCUUGGGACUGGAAGCUCGAGAUUCCUGCUGGUCCGCCCCGGUGGCUCUUCAACAGAGCAUCGAGCUCGUUCGAGAUGCGAUUACUCCAGCCCUCACCCAAUCGCGACUUCCGAUUAACGUCGGUGCCACCACUUGCCUCGUUGAUCCAUCGCAGACUGAAAGUCCGAUGAUCAAGGCUCCUCUCGUCGGUGUCAUCGGUCCUGGUUCAAGUUCCGUUACGCUUCAAGUACAAAACUUGCUUCAGCUGUUUUCCAUUCCACAGAUAGGAUAUUCUUCCACGUCGAGAGAUCUAAGCGACAAGACCAGAUACUCCACAUUUCUUCGAGUAGUGCCAUCAGAUUAUUACCAGGCGCAGCUGUUGGUCGAUAUUGUGAGGUACUUCAAUUGGACCUACGUCUCGAUCGUGAAUACCGGUGAGAAUUAUGGUCAGAGUGGAAUCCAGGCAUUUCGGGAGCUGGCGGAGAAGAGCGGAGUUUGCGUAGCAAGAGAAGAUGCCGUUCUUUCGACUGCCGAGGACUCUAUGUUCGAUGGAGUCAUCCUCAAUCUGGAUCAAGAUCAAGCAGCGAAGGUGGUCGUCUGCUUCUGCGAGGGAAUGACUAUGAGAGGACUGUUAGCUGCCUCCAAAAGACUGAAUUUAACCGGCCGCUUCAUGUUCAUCGGCAGCGACGGUUGGGCCGACCGCGACGACGUCGUCGAAAAGCUGGAAGGCGAAGCCUGGGGAAGCCUUUCGAUUCGCAUUCAUUCGCCUUACGUUACCGAAUUCGACGACCACUACUUCUCUCUGAAUCCUUUCAACAACCCUCGGAACCCCUGGUUUCCAGAAUUUUGGCAGCACAAGUUCAACUGCGUGCUUCCUCAGACUUCCGGCGAAGAAGAGAGCCCGUCGACGAACAAGGCGAAACUUCCUUCCACAACUACGGUUUGUACGGGUACGGAGAAGUUGUCGGAGCGCUACAAGCAGGACCCGAAGAUGAGUUUCGUAAUGAAAUCAUUCUGGGCGAUGGCUCACGGUUUGCACAGCAUGCUCGAGGAAAUUUGUGGCCGCAAUUAUUAUGGAGUCUGCGAGGAAGUGCACCCUUUCAACGGGACCCUCUUCAAGAACCACUUAAUGAAUAUCAGCUUCACCUUCGGCGAAGAGGAAGUGGAAUUCGACCGACGAGGAGAUCCUCCAGGCAGGUAUGAAAUCCUGAACUUUCAGCUGCUACCAAAUGGAACAUAUGGAUACGUACAAAUCGGGGAUUGGAAUAAUGGUACUUUAGUAUUUUCUGCGCAUCCUCAGCCACGAGGAACCGAGCUAAUUGAGAGUGUUUGCUCGAAGCCGUGUCCCCCGGGGCAUCAUAAAAACUUCAAAACUGGGGGCCAAGAGAAGAGAUGUUGUUGGGCUUGCGUGCCCUGUGCCCAUCAUCAGUACACGGAUGAGAACCAAUUCGAAUGCAUCUCUUGCCCUCUCGGACAGUGGCCCAACGAGGAUAAGACAGGUUGUUACGUGAUUCCGGUGGAGUACAUUUCAUGGGGCGAUGCAGAAGCGGUCGUUGCAAUGUCAUCCAGUGCUUUCGGAUUAAUGGCCACUUACAUCACGUGUCAUAUAUUCGUUCGGCAUAACGAUACACCGGUUGUAAAGGCCAGCACUCGUGAGCUUAGUUAUCUCAUCCUGGCGGGAAUGGCCUUGGCACAUAUCGCGGUAUUUCCCAUUUUAGCAAAGCCCUCGAAAAUUUCCUGUGCCCUGAGCCGACUGAUGCCGGGGAUCAGUUUCGCUAUGAUUUAUGCUAGUCUGUUGACUAAAACUAACAGGAUCGUAAGAAUACUUGCGGGCUCGAAGAAGCGAUUUCCAACGAGAAAACCGCUGUUCAUGUCAGCCACCGCUCAAGUCGUAAUAACGUGCAUUUUAAUACUCAUAGAAGUCGGAAUAGCGACGGGAAUGAUUUUGACAGAACCGCCAAUGCCACGUUUAGUAUUUCCAGCUCGUGACAGAGCUGUUCUUACGUGUGCCAUGUCCCCAAGAGCUGUUAUCACACCUCUAGCAUUCGAUGCUCUUCUCCUGUUCCUAUGUACUUUAUACGCAGUCAAGACAAGAAAUGUGCCUGAAAACUUCAACGAAGCAAAAUUCAUUGGGUUUGCGAUGUAUACGACUUGCGUUAUCUGGGUUGCAUUCGUUCCAAUUUACUUCGGCAGUGAAUCAAAGGUGAUAACGCUGUGUAUGUGCGUGACACUGAGCGCAUCCGUCACUCUCAUCUUCUUAUUUCUUCCGAAACUUUACAUCAUCGUGCUGAGACCUGAACGAAACAAUCGAGCUCUUUUCACUACCAGUAAAUCCAUUCGUUGUCAUAUUGGUGCAAGAGUUGCAGCAGCGAUUGCCGAUCCUCCGACCAAAGAAAUGAUCUAUCGGUUUUCCCCGCCAAAUAAAUCGGAACGUUCAGGAUGUAUCUCCAGAAAUGGAAUAUCUAGGAGAACUCUGUCCGUACAAACGGGCGCGGAACUUCUUGUAGAUCUUUAUAGAUCGACGAUCCUAGCCGACACAAUUUCGAAAGCACAGGAAACUCGACAAUUUGAACAUUCAAAUGAAUGUAUGGACACGAUGAAGAUUGAGAAAAAGUGCAACAAGCGAUUAUGUAGAUCAAUCGAUAACGUCAACAAAUCCACAAACGUUUCCCGUUCUGCCAAGGAAUUAAACGAGUCCAAUAAUAAUUUGGAUUUUAAGAACGAGAAGGGAUCUCUUUUGAGUCUCCAUUCCGUCAAAAACAACGAGUACUUGGGAUUUAGAAACUAUGCCUCGCAGUAUUCGAACUGGGCUACACUGGAUGCCAGAGCCCUUAUGAAUGACUUGCGACGAUCCAGCUCCUUGGGAUCCGAAAGCAUCGAUCUAAAAGCCUUACCAAACUCUCGCGUAGAAGAGAACAACUCGCCGUCUGAAAGAGGAGAAAACGAUAAAGUGACAGCAGUGAUUAUCAGAAAAGAAGAAGAGGAAGGUAUGAGAGACCUGACCGUCAGGAUCCUCGAGGAAAGCGAAUUUCCGUCCAAUGAUGUUCUCAAGAUCACGAUCACUCUUGACUCGGAGGUACCGAGCUCCUAUGUACAGCCCAAUGGUUGACUGAAACAUCGUUAAUUCAACCAUAGCCACCAACUGACCAAAACGUUAUUAUUAGACAGCUAGAACAGAAUUAUAUGCCGCGUAUGACCCACAUUCGUCGCCCAAUUCUAGAUCCUAAGAUGAUUUCAUUCGUAUUUUUAAAAGCCCGUUAAGGUGAAGUGAAACCCCCCUCAAAUCAAUCGAUUCGCAUAAGACACUUUUUUUUAAGG